GGGAAACCUGAGUACAGUAAAGUGAGAGAGAAAAAGGAGACACGAAAACAUCAACAACUCAGCAGCGAUCGUUAUCCACAUGUGUUUCUUUUUUUUCGUAAAAAUUUUUCAAAAACAUUUUCGUUUGUUUGGUUUGUUUCGAUCGAAAACAAUUAGAAAUUCAUCGUAGUUUAAUUCCAAUCAAUCAAACCAAAAAACAAUGGCUUCCAAAGGUAAAUAUGUUCUUGGUACGGAUGGUACCGAUUUUACUCAUCGACAACGUGUUGUAUCAGCUCAUUCAUACAGCGCCAUAUCGAAACAUUAUUUAAAAGUUACAUUUUAUCUACAUUUUUUACUUUAUAUAUUAAUAAUAUUAAAAUUAAGUGAAGAUAUACUUGAUCGUAUGGAUAUAUUUAUAUUGGAAUUACAAGAAUUAGAAAUACCAAAACCAAAUAUAUGGGAAUGGUUAUAUGGUAUAUCAUAUUUAUUUACAAUAUUUGGUAUACGUGCUAUUAGAAAAAAUUCAUUUACAAUGAUAAAAUUAUAUUUAACCGGUAUAUUAUUAUUUGCAUUCAUACCAAUCAUUUGGGCACAGUAUAUUUAUUUUUGGGAUUUUUAUCAAUUUAUUAAUGAACGUAAUAUAACAAAUUUAAAAUUUGUUUGGAAUAAUUUACCAAUAUCGAUUAUAUUUGAAGCAUUUGCUAUUAUUGCAAUACAGGUACAUAUUUUUCAAUUAUAUUAUUCAUAUAAAUUGUAUCAAUUAUGGAAACCAUACCAACAACGUCGUCAACAACCGCAUCAAUCAUUAUCAUCAUCCUCGUUAUCGUCAUCGCAACAGCAACAACAACAACAACAAGUUCAAAAUUCAACAUCAACAACAGCAAUCAAUAAUAAUUGUAAAAAAUUGAAUUGAAA